AUGUCGAUCCUAGAAGCAGCUAUAAUCAUCGGCCUCGAACAUACGGUGGAAAACAAAUUCGCACAGAAUCCAGAAGCGCUGGCUAUCGGAUUGGCUGCAUGGAGUGGCCAGACGGAAGUACUCAAGCUACUUCUAGCAGCAUUUGACCAGCCGGGACCGGCCAAGGCACCCAGGAAGCUGCUCUGGGGCCUACCAUUCUUUUCUAUGGCCAGAGUUGUCGAUCACAGGUUGCCUUUCGAGCAUCGAUCUUGGGAACUCCAAUCCAUUUCGCCGACCGUUUUCGCGCUCAAGUCGAAAGAAGCGCUGUCCCUCAUGUUAAAGCAUGGGUACAAGCCUGACAGGGUCACAAUGCGUGCGGCGAUUGCUGAUUUUGAUCGGGACAUUCUCAAAACAUUGCUGAAAUCUCCCAGACUGUCAAAUUUCCCCGACUACAUCCAAGGGCCCCUGUCUUACGCCGUGAGGCAUAAAAAGUACGAUGUUGUACAGUUUCUUCUGGAAAAUGGAGAAGACGUUAACGAGGACAAUCAUCAUGUGAACGACGAGAACGACGAGUUCGACGAGAGUGCUAGAAAUCCCCUACAGUCAGCUGUCGAGAACAAGGAUCUAUAUCUCAUUGAUCUGCUACUUAAGUCCGGUGCUGACGUCAAUGCUCCCGCCCCCAGACGCAGUGGGGCAACCGCUUCACAAAUUGCAGCCAUCACGGGGAGGCUAGGGAUUCUGAGAACAUUGAUCGACCAUGGAGCCGAUAUUAACGCACCCGGUGCUGAAUCCGGAGGUCGCACAGCACUAGAGGGUGCGGCGGAGCAUGGAAGGAUUGAUAUGAUCCAGUAUCUUCUCGCCAUAGGGGCGCGCACAACUAAUAGAGAUCGCCUGCAGUACCUUCGCGCGAUCCGAUAUGCCCAGAUGGAAGCGCACGAAGUCACGGCAAACCUUCUCAGAGGUUACCGAGACUGGACGACAGACGACCAAAUUCUAUGGACAACGUUGGUGGGGCUGAAUCGUUCACAAUUGGAAUCCUUCAAGGAGGAGACACACGAAGUAUCUCCGUCAUUGAAUCUGUUGGGGGAUAACAUGGCUCUCAAGGACGACGAGGUGGAACACGCGUCGAAGAAGGACAGCUCAGACCAUCUGGAGCCUGAGGAAGACGUCCGUGGCCCCGUCGAAGAAAUGGAGCUGCCUGAUGACUUGCAGGACCUGGAAAUAAGGACGAACGAUCCUAUGGUAUUCAUGAUAGAGGAGAUGUGA